AUGCUGGUCAUCAACCAUGUUCAAGAACCUCAAACUCUCCAAGAUAUUUUCAAGGGAAUUCACAAGGUUUUCAAUGUGGAGGCAGUUCCCAGCAACAGAACCAAGGACAAUUUCAGCCAAGAAACCCCAACAAUGGUGGCAGAGGCCGUGGAUUCAAUGGCCAGCACAGUGGAUGCUCCCAAACUGGCCGCUUUCAGCCAGGACAAAACUAUCAAGGCAGAGGCCAAUCACAGCAACAAAACAAUAAAAACUACUAUGUCUCUUGAAAUCUGGAUGCACCGCAAAUGA